AAUGCGCAAAAUUAACUAUAUACCUAAAAAGUUUCUUUAUUAAAACAUGAUAAGAUAUUUAUAUGCAUAAAUAAAAAUAUACAACAAUGUAAUAAAAUAAACCCUCGUUUGAAGCUAAAGAGGUUCGGACAUUUGUUUGAAGUAGAGUUUUUCGUUUUCUUCAUCUAAUGUUGGUCACCCUGUACCUUAAUCAUGGAUUAGGCAUAUUAGAAAACUUAAAGCUGCGACAAUUUCUCUAGAUAAAAAUAAUCUAAAGUGACUAACUAAAUUGUUAUCAAUCUUACUGUAAUAAAAAAACUAAAACACCUAAUUCUGAUCUAAAAUCAGGGCGUAUCAUGAAAAGACGCGUGAAAUUCCAUAUUUUGCUAAUAAUUUGUCUACUCUUACUGUUCUUAUUUUUUUUAAAACAAAAUAUUAAUUUAGUUAUAACAGAUAAAAAUCAGCAAUUGGUGGAUCUAAAUAAUUUUCAAUAUGUGAUUAAAAAAGAUCGUUUAUGUGACAAUUCUGAUCCCUUAUUGUUAUUGGUAAUAAUAUCUUCAGCUGCAGGAAACGUCGAGAAAAGAGAUACGAUUAGGCAAACCUGGGGGCAAAAGCGAGACAACAUUAGGUUAGUUUUUAAUUUAGGCCUUAGUGAUCAAAAUACCAAUGCCGCCAUUAAAAUAGAAGAUUCCCAACAUCAGGACAUCAUCCAAGGAAACUUCAUGGACAGUUACAAAAAUAUGACGUACAAAAGCACUUUAGCGGUUAAAUAUGCGGCCGAAUGCUGUCCUUCUGCCAAAUUCGUCCUGAAAUGCGACGAUGAUGUUUUCGUCAAUACACCGUUAUUAUUGAACUUUUUGAAAUAUGAUAUAAUCCCUUUCAAUGUGACUAAUUCGAUUUUUUGCAAUGUAAACGGCAUAAUGCCGGUAAUAAGGGAUGCUGAAGGCCGUUAUGGUAAAUGGUACGUUUCAUACGAACAAUAUCCAGAGCAGUUUUACCCGGAAUAUUGUUCUGGAAUGUUCGCAAUAAUGACAUCGGAUGUGGCCCUAAAUCUCUACCGAAAUGCACAAAAAACUACAUUUUUUUGGAUCGAGGACGUGUUUCUUACAGGAAUCGUGGCCAAAAAAAUUUGGGGCUUAAGAUUUGUAAAUAUCAUAAAUUUUACGUUAGUAAAGACUGAUGUGAUGUCGAUUGGAACGAGCGAUUUGACAUUCUUGUUUGGAGGUGUCGAUAUGAGCAAUUGGCAAAUUAAUUUUUUGUGGGAAUAUGUCAGUUCUAGGUCGGUGAAAAGGAGUGUUUUCAAUAUUUUAAUUACAUGAGUCUUGGUAUAUGGUGCGUUCAAACUGUUAGAAAAAGAAAGAGCUGUUAAAUGUAUUCGCAUAAAUGCCGUUUAAGUUGAAGUUUUGUUUGACAUUUGUCUUUUGUAUAUUUUGAUUAAUGCUGUUUUUGUGUAUUUUUAUUAAUUCUGUAGUUAUUAUUAAAAUCAAUUUAAGUUAGUGGGACUUUUUUAUAAAGUGAUUUUUUUUGAAAAGUGGUGGAAGAAACAUGUUUAAGUAUUUUUAUCGUAAUUUUUUUUCUAGAAUCCCUGGAAGUCACUCUUAGUUCAUCCAAGAUUUAUUCAAAAUAACAUUUUGGCCAUGAUUUUUCUCAUAUUAUUCUGGUAAAACAAUUAUGAUUUAUGCCAUG